AUGCAGGUUGCAAUGAGGUGCAGCUCAAAGUUCAUACUGACUGUGAUUGUACUCGUCAACAUUCUCUUUAUUUGUUUGCUGCAGUUUCUCUUCCUUUCACGAUCUCCACAAAAGUCGUCUUUCUCGACAUCACUAUUUUCCUCAAUACCACUCGCAUCGUCGUCAUCAAACAAGACAGCAGGAAAAGCUCGGUCUACUAAUAACAAAGCUGUGCCGUUUUCAGAUCAAAAUGCCAUAAUUCAUUUCGAAGAAAGAAGCGACUUAACUCAGGGUAACAAGAUUAAAGAAACAAUCAAAAGACCUCUUAGACGACCAACCAUGACCAAAGAACAACUCGUGAUAGUAGAUGAAAUGAAAAAGAAAAUUGCAGCACAGCAGACGACAUUAAAUCAUAUCUCUCGAGAAAAAGAUAGAAAUGGAAACCCUGUUGAAAUUUUGAUAUCCCCUGAGAGGUUUUGUCAACCUUCUUCCCCUGUUAUCAACUUGGCGCGCCGUCUCCUGGUCAUCAUGGUUACGUCACACACACAAAAAGCCCGAGUUCGAAAGGCAAUACGCCAAACUUGGGCUGAUGUACCUGAAGUAAAAUCGGGUCAAGUUCACGUUGUUUAUUUGCUUGGUACGAUGGUUGAAAACGAUGGACAGUCACCAUUCUUGGUCGAACACGAAGCCAAAGAGUAUGAUGAUAUCAUCCAGGGAGCCUUUGAAGACACCUACGAGAACCUCCCAGUCAAGACAUUAAUGGGACUGCAGUGGGCGGCGACACAGUGUGGAAGCUCGUUCAAGUUCUUCAUGAAAACGGAUUCGGAUGUAUACGUCAACAUUCCAAAGCUUGCAACGUAUCUAGACGGAUACAGGAAUUGGGCAAAACCUUAUGCCAUGGGGAGAAAGUGGGUUAAUGUGAAACCAAUUCGAUUACAACUCCACAAAUGGUUUGUUCCUGAGCAUGAAUACCCUGGGAGCACCUAUCCACCUUACCUUGGAGGAUCAGCCUAUGUGAUUACUUCAGUAGCUAUCAGAAUGGCCUUUCACGAGGCUCGAUCAACCAAGCUCGUUCGACUGGAGGACCUGUUUGUCGGGAUAUGUUUUCAGAAAGCAGGGGUUCAACUCGAUGAUGAGCCGCGAUUCCGCAUAUCCCUCUAUAAUGUUGUUUCCCGACCCUGCCAAAUCCUUUCACUUUUCACGCUUCAUGGAGUUAAAUUCUUCAAUUUCAAACUUCUUAAAAAGACACAAGAUCACCCAAACACGUGUCCCAAUAAUGGAACAUCCAUAGACUGAGCAAAACAAAUGCCAACCUACUGAUGGUGUGAGCAUGCACAUGAUCAGGUGGUCCCUCAAGUUGGGAGCAAUUGUUGCAUGUUGGUCACCUUGAUUCAAAAUUGCAAUAUCUAGAAAUAUCACAUUUGAAACAAAAAUCUCGGCAACUGAAGGAGACAUUGUUAGAGACACGUUUACUUUUACUCAUUAUUGUACUGUAUUUCAACUCCAAUAUUAUCGCUGGCGACCCCCAAGAAUAUGACUCGGGAGGGUAGGUCAUGUCCACUUGCACCGGCCCCUGUAAUUGAUGGUGCCAUAUCAUAAAACACUCGACGAACUAUUCCCAAUGUGCCUGACAGUUAUUUAUUGGGAAACGUGAUGGUGAUAAUGCUCUAUAAAUGGAACAUACUCCCGGAAUAUACCUAG